AUGUCUUCUCCAUCGAGCCCUGGGAAUGGACCCAAUAAUUUUACUUCCUGCUCAGACGUCCUUCCACCAACUGGGAACAAAAGCCACAUCAGUGCUCCCUGCCCUUCUAGGGGAUACAAAUCUGGUUUCCAGGGAGCCGGUUACUUUAGCAGCAGAAGCCUGGGUGGCUUCAACUCACAAGGAUCUAGAACAGCAGGUGGUAGCUAUCUGCCCGCUAGAUAUGGUUAUGCUCACUGGGGAGUCGGCACGGGAUUCGGCUACCCUGGCGCUGGAUACAGUUACAAUGCGUUUGGCUCAUAUGGCGUUAGGCGGGCCUCAGGCAGCACCACUGGGACUCCCUUCAUCACCCCCGUAACCUGUAAUGAGACUCUAUUGCGACCUCUCAACCUAGAAAUCAACUCUGCAGCCCAAGCCGUGAAGUGCCAAGAGAAGAAUGAACUCCAGUGCCUGAAUAGCAAGUUUGCUUGUUUCAUUGACAAGGUCCGAUUCCUGGAGCAGCACAACUUGAUGCUGAAGACCAAGUGGGACUUCUUGAAAGAAAAGAAGCGCCAGAAAAGCAACAUGGAGCCCCUGUUUAGUGAAUACAUCAGUCGGCUGAGGAAGGAACUUGAGUGCCUAGAAUGGGAGAGGAAUCAGCUGCAGGUAGAAAUGAACAACUGGAGAGAAACUAUGGAAGGGAACAAGAAGAGGUUUGAAGAGGAAUGCAACAGAAGGGCCUGUGCUGAAAAUGAAUAUGUGGCACUUAAAAAGGAAGUUGAUUGUGUCUUCAUGAACAAGUCAGAGAAAGAAGCCAAGGUGGAGACAUUGAUGCAAGAUAUUUGCUUUUACAGAGCUACCUUUGAGGAGGAAAUCUGUGAGUUGCAGUCGUGCAUCUCAGACACCUGUGUGACAGUGAAAAUGAAUAACAGUCGAGGCCUGGAUGUGGCCUGCAUCGUCGAGGAGUUCCACCGCCGGUACGAAGACAUUGCCUCCCGGAGCCGAGCUGAGGCGGAGGCUUGGUGCCAGUGCCAGUAUCAGGAGCUAAGGACAACGGCCACCAAACACUGCGACAAUCUACGCAAUGUCAAGGAUGAGCUUGAUGAACUGACCCGGGUAGUUCACAGACUGAAGGCUGAAAUCUCCAAUGUCAAAGUCCAGCGUUGCAAACUGGAAGAGGAGGUGGCUGGAGCUGAAGACCGUGGGGAGAGGGCUGUGAAAGAUGCCAAAUGCAAGCUGGUUGAUCUGGAGGAUGCCCUGCACAAGGCCAAGCAGGACAUGGCUUGCCAAUUACGGGAGUAUCAGGAACUGAUGAACCUCAAGUUGGCCCUGGAUAUUGAGAUCGCCACCUACAGGAAGCUGCUGGAAGGAGAGGAAUGCAGGAUGGGUGAUGGAGAAUGCGCUGUGAACAUCUCUGUGCAAAGGAGUCAGGGUGCAGUUGUGUGCAACGUCGACCCCAGCCUUGGCCCAGGGAGAGGUGGAGGCGUUCUGACAAAUGGAAGAGACACCUGCAGCAAUGCAGGCUUCAAGAGAGGCAUGGCCGCCGGCUGCCCCCCCUGCGGAGAUAUGGGUCCCCCGUGUGGAGACAUGUGUCACUUUCAAUUCAUCAUCUACUUGCAGUGCAUUUUGAAUGUCACCCGCUUCCUCCAGACCCAAAGGGGCUUCCAGGCGGAGAGCUCCUAG